CGAGCUGCCUGCUGCCAACUUGUCAGUUCUGCAAUCUCACCAGACUAUAUUGCAGCCGCACCUCUUAUUGCAUGCUAUCUAAAGUGGACGUGCACUGCAGGACUGGUCAGGACAACAACCUGCAAAAUUAUACUGGGAUUCACAGCAAGGUGAUGGAUUAUAGCUACGAUGAAGAUCUGGAUGAAUUGUGCCCAGUCUGCGGGGACAAGGUGUCUGGCUACCACUAUGGGCUCCUCACCUGCGAAAGCUGCAAGGGCUUCUUCAAGAGGACAGUCCAAAAUAACAAGCGAUACACCUGCACAGAGAACCAGACCUGUAAAAUAGACAAAACACAAAGGAAAAGGUGUCCGUACUGUCGUUUCCAAAAGUGUCUGAAUGUAGGAAUGAGGUUGGAAGCUGUGCGUGCUGACCGAAUGCGAGGAGGACGCAACAAGUUUGGCCCCAUGUAUAAACGGGAUCGUGCUUUAAAGCAACAGAAGAAAGCUCUUAUACGUGCAAAUGGUAUUAAGAUGGAAACUGUUCCCCAGAUCGUAUCCACUGUGCAAACUGACUACUCAAUCGCCACCAACAUUCACACUAUCCACCCUGUAUCUAAGAACUUGCCUUCAAACCCAGCUCCCAUGACAACAGUUGAAUAUGAUCGAAGUUCUUACGGUCCUCCUCCACUUGGAAUGACUAUCCCUAACCAUGCUCCAUUAUCUGGCUACCAUUAUUCUUCAUUUCAAAGUCGCACUAUCAAAUCUGAAUACCCUGAUCACUAUUCAAAUGUGCAUGACCCAGCCACUGCAGGAGGUUAUGUAUAUCCUGAGGCCUACACCAGCAGUUCUCCCCCAGACAUUCCUGAAGUGAUCCUUAAGCUAUUGCAACUAGAGCCUGAUGAACCUCAGAUCAAGGCUAGGAUAAUAUCUUGCCUACAGCAAGAGCAGAAUAAAAGACAUGAGAAACUCAGCAUGUUUGGUUUGAUGUGCAAGAUGGCUGACCAGACUCUAUUCUCCAUAGUUGAGUGGGCUCGGAGCUGUAUUUACUUUAAAGAGCUGGAGGUGAGUGACCAGAUGAUUUUACUGCAGAAUUGCUGGAGUGAGCUGUUGGUGUUUGACCACAUUUACCGACAAAUGCAGCAUAGCAAAGAGAACAGUAUUUUACUAGUAACGGGACAGGAGAUUGAACUAUCAGCCAUUGCAGCCCAGGCUGGAUCCACACUGAAUAAUCUGGUUCUUAGAGCACAGGAGCUAGUCAUUCUUCUACAUUCCCUGCAGGUGGACAGGCAGGAGUUUGUGUGCCUGAAAUUUCUCAUACUCUUCAGUCUCGAUGAAAAGUUUCUUGAAAACCACAGCCUGGCAAAAAGUGCCCAAGAGAAAGUCAACUCUGCCCUUAUGGAAUAUACAAUGUGCCACUAUCCUCACUGUACAGACAAGUAUCGCCUACUUCUGUUGAGACUAGCUGAAAUCCGGUCCAUCAGCAUGCAAGCAGAAGAGUACCUCUACCACAAGCACCUUAGCGGAGAAGUUCCUUGCAACAAUUUAUUAAUUGAAAUGCUCCAUGCUAAGCGAGCCUGAAUGGACUUGUACAGAAGUGACUGUAUGCUUUAGCCUUCAAGACAUUGAUGGACUUAAACCAGAGACUCUGCAGGGAGUGAGAUCAUUUUUAUUAUAGAUGCCUGCUCAAAAAAAAAAAUCUUCAGUGAUGUAUUUAACCUAUAGUAUUGGAAAGUUUCAGAUUUAUUUUACUAUAAAUGUGGAUCUUCACUGAGUGGUAUUAUAUGUAAUAUCUUUUUAAUAUGCCAUAAUUGCUUGUGUUUUGGUUCAUGACAAUCUAAAUGCUUUUUAACAUUAUGUGAAAAAGACAACUGAAUUUGUGGUUAACCUCUAUGUAUGUUUAUUUUAAAUAGUCUUGCGAUAACUUUUGUCCCUUUGAAAACUGUUCCAAAAUAUGCCUUAUUUGUUUGAUCUUUUAUGAUAAGGUUGUAAAGCCCAUUUGAACUCAGAUAUGUUGUGAAUGUCGGUUUGGAUUAGCAAAUUAACUUUAAAGCACCUAACAUGAAGGCUUUAAGAA